GCUGUUUCCUUUUCUGCUUUGACGAAGAGAGGAGAAAUCAAACAUGUACGCUGCACCUCUACAACUUUCCAACCUCGCGGGAGGCCAACGAGAUCCCUCCCUCCGGCGGCUUCCCUCCCUCCUCUCCUCACGCCGCACGCCCUGCAGAUCGCAGACUGCCCACGCGACCUCGAUGCUUCUGCGCUCCUCGCCGCGACGCCUCCACCUCCUCCGCCCACACCACCUCCGUCUCCUCUCCGCCGCUGCCCUUGCGGCUCAGGCCCUGCCCCAGUCCCCCACCGACUGGGCGGAGGCACCCCUCGCCUCCGUCCGCCCGGCCACCGCCGACUCCUCGCUCUUCCACGUCUCCCUCGACCUCUCCGCGCACCGGGGCCUCCUCGCCUCCCACGCCGCCGCUGGCCAGUUCCUCCCCUUCCGCCUCCCCGCCGCGCCCUACCCAAUCUUCCUCGCCAUCGCCUCCCCUCCUCCUUCGCCCCUCGUCGAGUCCUCCUCCUUCGACUUCCUCGUCAAGCGCCUCCCCGGCACCCCAUCCGCGCGCCUCUGCGACCUCCGCCCCGGCGACCUCGUCCACGUCGGCGCCAGCGUCGUCGGCCGCGGGUUCGAGGUCGCCAGGAUAACCGACGCCCGCGACGUCCUCAUUUUCGCCACCGGAUCCGGGAUCAGGUGCCUAGCCACCCCUGCGCUUCUCGACUAUCCUUCUCCGAUUCGGUCACUUAUCGAAUCUGGUAUUGGUGAAAACGGUAAUAUUGGUGUAAACCUCUUCUAUGGGGUUAGAAACCUUCAGAGAAUGGCUUAUCAGGAGAGAUUUAGUGACUGGGAAUCCAGAGGAAUCAAAAUUAUACCUGUCCUCUCAAGACCAGAUGCUCAAUGGACUGGCGAACGAGGCUAUGUCCAGAAUGUUUUCUCAAGGAUGAAGAAGGUUGUAGAUCCUUCAUCCAUGGGAGCGAUUUUGUGUGGACAUAAACAGAUGACUGAGGAAAUUACUAGAGUUCUUGUUGCUGACGGUUUGUCGAAAGAUAAAAUCUUAACUAACUUCUGACUUACAUUAGGACACAGAUCUGGCCAUUUCUGGAUGCUGUACCGUUUAUUAGUAAACCAUCCAGCAGUUAUUCUUUCAUCUCUCUAGCGUAUUGACAAAUAAGGGCUGUUAUUUUUCCUUCAUGUCUCUGUAUCCACUAUUGCAUUGUUAAAUGUAUGAUGUAUUUUAAUCUCAACACCCAUUGGUCACUGGAAUCAAGCAGGCCCGGGUUGAGAUGUUUUGUAGUGCCUCAGAUGAUGCCUCCUUCGAAGGUGCUGAUGUACUCCAAAGGACCCAGAUAAAUAAAAGGGGAUAUAGAUUGUAGCAUCAUUCAGUUAGUAUACCCUCAUUUACGAGUGUUGUUUGCGCCGCUGAUAUUUUGCGGAGAUUUUGGUGUAUCUGAAUGCUAUUGAAAUUUUGAAUUAAUUGAGUGGAAUGAUGCGUCUGGACGUAUCUCAAGGUCCUGGAUGUGUCAGAGAGUUGUGUGCA